GACGGAGGUUCUUUCGGAUUUAUUUGUUUUGUCCUUUUGAGAUAGCGGUUCCGUAAUUUCAUUUUUUGUUCCUUGUAAUAAAUAUCGAUAGCAGGCACAGUUUUAGCAAUUACCUAUGUAAAUGUUUGUCAGAAGUCUGUCCAUUUUUUGGUAUUGCCAAAAGAAAUUCUAGAAUUGUCAUUAAUUGGAAGCAAAAAUUUAAAGGCUUUGCAAAAGCGGACAUUGAACUAGUUUUCAAGGUCAAGAGAAAUAUCUGUUGAUAAGAGUCCAAAAAAGGAAUUAUCGCAUUUUAGGGUUCAUUUAAUAUUCGUGAGGGGGGGACAUUAACUUCGAAAUUGAUCUACAAAUUCUAAAAGAAACUAAGAAUCUCCGAACAAAAUUCUGAAUGAUUAGAGCAAAAUACAGAAAUUGAAGAAAUCUUUAAAGUAAAACUGAAGUGAAGUGAAAUAACUUAUAUCGAUAUUUGGAAAUAAAUUUUGGAGCUUUACAUUUUUCACUGAAUUUAUAGCUUAGAAUUUCACAUUCGAAGUACAUAACAGCUAAAUAUCUAUCAAAGAGCAAAACAUAAUUUUGAACCCAAUUGCCUAAAGAAGACGUCUAAUUCGACUCUACUUGAGCAAAAGUUUAAGUUUAUAAAGAGAUCAUUACUAGUCCUUAAAAUUCAAUAGAUUAAAAUAGUGAACACCAAAAAAAGUCGUUUAAGGACAAGAAUGCGAAAACUUGCCUCAGAGGUAGUUUAAUUUUUCUCCUUAUUCGGAAUGCUUCAUUUUGUUCACAUCAUAAAUAUAGUUGAAAGAAACAGAAUUUUAAUACUUUGAAACGUUAGAAAAAAGAAGGAAAAAAAUUCCAAGAAAGAAUUUUCUACACUGAUCCAGUUUGUUAUUGCCUAUCAUUUGGAUACACGAAUAAGUCAACAAUGAUUAUAUCUGGAACACCUGUGGGCCCCUCUUUCAAAGCAACUGCACCUAAUCCCGUUUGGUCACCAGGCAAAAAGCGAGCCAAUCUGCGGCUGAAUUGUGAUAUCGAAAGCAAAAAGCAAACUUCAGAAAACUCAUCUUCCCCUGCCACAGAAAUGACAUCUGCCAAAGAAAACGACGAAUCCAGUCCAGUUUGGAAGCCUUUCGGAGCUCCUUACGAUGGACCACAAUUUCGGCCAGUAAAGCUAGAUAUCAAAAGGACAUUCACUCCCGCUACCCAGAACGAAUCUACGCUGAGAACGGAAACCGAAACCAAAGAAGUUAAAGAAGAGCAUACAGAAAAAACUACAGUCCAAAUUGAACACAUGAAUGAAAGUAAAACGAGUGCCUUAAAUCCAAACACUGAAAGUAAUACUAAUAAUGAAACACCCAAUUCUGGCGGCAUUUCUACGUCACCAACAUUCACUAAAGUUGGUUGGAGUAGCCAUUUGCCUCAGUAUCAAAAUCCUACCAUCACUCUGCUACAAAAAGCAAGAGAGGGCCAAUUACCAAAAGGUGCAGUUUACAUCGAUGAAAAAGAUACCACUCCCAUACCAAAGAAUGCAGUUCUUAUAGACCAAAAAGUGACUGUCGAAGGGGACAAGCUCCAUACCGACAGUUAUUACGCGGUUCCUACUUUAACAACGGAAGUUACAACGGUCGAUCUCAAAGCACCUCCAAAAUACGACGGUAUUGGCCCCACGGAAUACGGAAUUCCUGUCGGGCUUCGAACGGGAGUGAAAGAAGAAUAUGCCAGCGACUGGUACAAAACUAUGUACAAAUCUCUUCAUCGCAACAGAUUCCCAAAUGACACAAAUCAAACGGUCCAUGUCGGUGGCUAUAUGUCUGAACCUGAAUUUGAUCGGCAAGAAAAGUUACAGUCCAAAUAUCUUUCUACUGAACAUAGAAGAAAACCUGAAAAAACUGUUUCUUACUCAACUGAAGCCCCUGUUUCGCCAAAUAGGAUGAAAACAAAAGAAAAUGAAUCUAUCGUACUGCGUUCUGAACCGAGACAAAGUAAAUACCGCGUCGAACCUCGAAGCAUUGCAGACUAUGAGCCGGGACGUUCUUCGCUUGCAGAAAAAGAAUUUCAGAAGUUCUGGAGCGAUUUUUGGAAUUCCAUGGAUGACCUGCAUGAAUAUCUAGGAAGUAGCAGUCCGAAGCCUCAACAAGGACUUGGACGACGCUGGCCAAAUGUAUUAUUAACCGACGGUUAUGAAUCAGAUUCGACCCUAAUUCGGAAAACAGGCCGAAAUCCUCAAAUUGACCCUGAGCAACAAAAGGCAUGGUACAAAGAAAUUCAAAAAGGUGGCGAAAUUCCUUUCAUUGGAUUGAGAAAAUCGGCUCCAGAGAAACCCACUGCAUCGCCACACCAGUACCAGGAAACGGAAGUCAACAUACACUACCGCAGUCCGAUUCGGCAUCUGGAGAAAGAGUACAUCGAAGAGGAGGAUUUGAGGAAGCGUCAAGAAGAUGCUAUGCGGAAAUUUUAUGAAGAAGAAAGACAGAAAAAGAUACAGCAAGAAAUGGCUGAAAUAGAAAUGAGAAGGCACAGUGAUUUUUUCACACCAUCCCAAAAGUCCCCCAUUCCUCUCAACCGUUAUGACAAUCCUUUCGACAGCAAUUACAACAGGCUUGCGCCUACCGGCCACCACCGAGGUCCUCCUCCUAAAACAAUGGCAAGAGCUUUGUACCCAUUUGUUGCCAAGACUACUCGAGAACUCAGUUUAAACAAAGGAGACAUCGUGUACAUCAACAAACAAGUAGACAAAAAUUGGUAUGAAGGCGAGCACCAUGGCCUUGUUGGAAUAUUUCCUGUUGCAUAUGUAGAGAUCAUCCCGAACGAAAAAGCUAACCUACAACCUCGCAAGGCAAUGGAAGGGGAAGCCAUCGUCAAGUACAAUUUUAGAGCACAGACGCCCCAAGAAUUGUCACUGUUCAAGGGUGAAAGAGUCAUUUUAACCAGAAAAAUGGACCAGAAUUGGUAUGAGGGUCGACUAAGUACAAAAAAGGGUAUAUUUCCCAUCUCUUAUGUAGAGGUGUUGCAAGAGCCGGGAGAAUAUUAUGGAACUCGCUCUGUUUCUCCGAAACCUCCUGCAAGCCCAGUAUAUAGUCCUCUUAUCAAUGGUUCCCCGCCAAAACCUUAUGAAGGUCCAACUUUUAACACAGGACUGCGGCCUUUGCAAAAUAAGCCGCCGCUGAAUGUUGACAGACUUGAGAGCAAAUCAUCCCUAACACAGUCACUUCAUAUAGAUACUUACAAUGAACCAAUACCGUAUAAAUCUUUAUAUUCCUACAAGCCACAGAACGACGAUGAACUGGAAUUAAAAGAAGGAGAUACUGUGUACGUCAUGGAGAAAUGCGAUGACGGUUGGUAUGUUGGUACUUCACUCAGGACGGGACUCUUUGGUACCUUUCCUGGCAAUUAUGUUGAAAGGAUUUGACCUACAUCCGUAUAGGUCAAAGAUUAUCUAGUCUAUCUGAAUAAUGAAUGCUCCAGAGUGCAUGGAUGCAUCUACUCAAAAAAGGCGAAAAAUCAAAAUUGUGUACAGAUCUUGUUGUUGAACUCAUUUUAUGCAUUCUAUAAAAUUUUUAAUAGUUUCUCCAUACGCAAGAAAGAGUGUCAAGUGUUAUACGUUUACUCAUAGUUAAUUUUAAAUAAACAUGAAAAUAAUUGA